UUUAUAAGUCUGCUAAACUCAAGCAUACAUUUAACGUAUUUCUAAAAAGAGCACUAGAGGUACGCUGGGAAAAAAUAUAUGUUUAAUUACACAUUUAAAAAAAAAGUAUGUUAAACACAAGCAUACUUUUACAGAGGUUUUAGUGUAUUUAGAAAAAAACAUAUAUUUUUUUAAACAUGUACAUUAAUUUUAAUAGGCUAACAUUGCAAUUUCAACAUCAUAUCAUUGAACUUGCAUUAUAUAUUGAUUUCACAAAGUUAGUCCACAUAAAUUUGUUAGUGUUUAUAUUCAAACAACACACGUGACGGACCUGACUAAACCUCAUUGGUUCUUGGGAUUCAGUACGUCACAUUGGCUUCCUGAUUCAGUUGUUCGAUACACAACGUGCGUGAUCGUUGGUAAAUGUGGAUUAAAAGUUGAAACUAAAACUGUUAAAUUAUAUAUAGUGAUCAUCAGAGGACUUGGCUGAAACAACGCGAUUCACAUGGAUUACUUCGGCGAUGUUUUUUAUUGCUGUUGCGAUUAACUUUUUGAAAUGUGAGCAGUUUUUAAGUUAUCAAGUGGAUCUGACAUCGAGGGGAAAUAUACGUUUCUUGGAUUUCAUUAAAGUACAUCGGUUUUUGUUUGAAGAUGAAUGAGAGAACAUGAGGCGGCAUUCAAAUUGACCAAUCAGAGCCGAGAAUAUCUAAUAAGUCGAAGUAGAGAUGAACAGAUGAAGAUACAGCCCGUAAAAAUACUUAUUCUUGGUGAGUGCCAUGUAGCGACGGAUCAAACGGACACUCAUGUCAAGCUUGAUGAGGACACAGUCAAAGCUUUAAAAGACCUUGUGAUUAAGUCUUCAGUGUCUGAAUGGCAAGAAGAAGUGACCCUCCACUUAAACGUGACAUUUAAACUGCUCUGUGUUUUGGUUCAGCCAUUUGUAGGUUUAUCUCGAGUAAGUUCAAAUGCACUUAUUUUUUGGUCCAGAAAUGACAAAUUGAAAUUCUUUGGAAUAUGGGUGCAUCUUGGUAUUGAUGGAUUUUCUAGGAAAAUUCUUUGGCUUAAGGUUGGCACCUCUAACCGACAGCAGAGCUUCAUUGCAAGGUACUUCUAUGAUGCUGUUUGGGAACACAACGGUUGUCCAAGAUUUAGUCGGGCAGACAGAGGAAAGGAAAACCUUAUUGUCGGACAGAUGCAAGUGGCAUUUCACUUCAGGCAGGCAAGUGAUCACGGACGAGACUCUUUCAGAGUGGGCAAAUCAGUCCACAAUCAGAGAGCUGAAUUCUUCAACAGCAUCUUGAAGAAAACCUGGAUCAAAAAAUGGCAGGUGACAUUUGAGACUAUGAUGGAAUCAGGGAUCCUUGAUUUGGACAAUCCAGUACAUAUAAAUUGCCUGCAAUACACACACCUUCCCCUUCUUCAGAAAGAGCUGACCACAGAACAAAGACUAUGGAACACUCAUGACAUUCGCAAGCAGCGGAAUGUUGCAGGCCCAUUCGGAAAGCCAGACAUUCUGUUCAAUUUAUCUCCUCAAGGUUUUGCUGAUAUGCUCUGCAAAGUGGAUGAUGACCUUCUGCAAUAUGCAGGACAACUUGUGUGUGCUACAGAGGAGCCUUUGUUGGUGGCGAAUGAAACAUUCAGAACAAUUGCAGAGGCCAUUCUUAGAGACACAAACUUCCCAUUAUCUCCAGAUGGGUCUCUAGCAGCUUACCUUAUGCUGGUGGAGAAAUUCAUCGCAUGCAUUGAAAGAAGAGACAUUCACAUACCAUCCACAUUUGCAGAAGCAAAUGAAAUAUAUGAGCUACUGGCUAAUGAGACCUUCUAGCUGUUUCAAUCAUUAAGUGUUUUAUAGCGAUUUCAAUUUUAAUUUUAAAUGUAUUAGUACAGUA